GUCUCUAAUCAUGAUCACCGCAAAUAAUCCCUGUCGAGAACAUUUGCAUUUGAAGCUUCGGAUCGCCCGAGGUGUUGAGACCCGAUGUCUGCUUUGUGCAUGUUCCACCAUCUGCUCUGGAGACGAAUCCUCAACCCACUUUCAUUACACCAACUUCGACAACCUAUUCGGCUUUCACAGUGGUUUACGAGGUCAUUGACAAUAGAUCAUUACCCUUUUGCGUUGAUGCAGAGCGACCAAAGCGAGCCAACACUGAAGCGAUCUCAGGCAGAAAUGCUCGAAGACGGUGCCAGUGAACCAAAACGCGUGAAGGUGAGCGAGGAAUCUUCCGCAGAACAGCACCGUACUUCUCCUGUGGAACAAAAUCUUCAAGAAGUCAAUGCCGCAACUCAAGGAGAGUCGUCCAGAGCUUCUUCAGAACGGCCUCAGAGCAAGAAGCAAAAGAAACUUGAAAAACGCUCCGAUCGUCGUUCGAGGAGAAGAGCGACCUUACGUCCAGACGGAGAGGAACAUGCAGAGAGUCUAGAGCCAAAAGCUCCUCGAUUGCCCAAGAGACAAUGUGCCCUCUUGAUUGGGUAUUCUGGCGCAGGGUAUAAUGGCAUGCAAAUGCAAUAUGACACCAAUGUCAAGACGAUUGAGGGAACUCUGUUUAAUGCCCUCGUGAAAGCUGGAGCCGUUUCCCAGGACAAUGCUGACGACCCCGUGAAGGUCAAUCUUGGUCGUGCAGCACGCACGGAUGCUGGUGUUCACGCUGCAGGCAACCUUAUUUCAAUGAAAAUCAUCACACAGGUACCGGAUGUCCCAGAUCUAGUAGCUCGCAUCAACGAGGAACUACCUCCAGAGAUUCGAUUAUGGAACUUCUUACGUGUCCAAAACUCAUUCAACGCGAGAGGUGUAUGUGAUAGUCGAAAAUACACUUACUUCUUCCCAUCAUACCUCCUAAUCCCGCCAAAACCGGGAAGUGGUCUACACAAAAUAAUUCUUAACCAAGCACCGGAAGGUUACGAACAACAGGCCCAUCCGUUCUGGGUUGACAUUUCACCAGAAUCAUCUCCAGACGACGACAUGCGUCGAAAGCGACUAUGGCGCGUCAGCCAAGACGUUGUUGAGAAGCUACGUGAGGUUGCGAAUAAGUUUGUCGGCUCACAUAACUUCCAUAACUUCACUGUUGGAGCAUCUCCGAAGGAUGCGAGCAGUAGGCGGGUAAUUAGAGAGAUAGAAAUUGCAGAUCCAGUUGUUUAUGGUGAUACAGAAUGGAUCGCUGUGCUUUUGCACGGACAAAGUUUCAUGUUCCACCAGCGUAAAAUGAUAGCAGCAUUGAUCCUCAUAGCUCGAACGGGGACUCCCGCCGAAGUCAUCUCCGAGUUAUAUGGCAUCCGUCAGCUAUUUAUCCCUCGUAUGCCGGCCCUAGGAUUACUUCUCGAGUACCCACUCUUCAACUCUUACAAUAAAAAGACCGAGCCUUUGCGAGAGAACAAGACACCUGAAGAUCCAGAAUACAGACCAACAAUCGACUUCGAAGUGCAUAGGGCCGAAAUUGACAAGUUCAAGCAGGAGUUCAUCUAUUCGGGGAUGAGAGCCGUCGAGGACCGAGAUGGCAUCUUCGACGCUUGGAUCCGAACUAUCGACUCUUACGUAGGCAACGACCUCUCGUACUUCAACCCGACUGGAAAGAUUCCUGAGGAGGCUGUUAUUCAGAUGGGCGUGAAGAGGCCCAAUCCGUUCAGAGAGCGAAAGCGCUUCGAUGCAACGUCGUUCCCUGAAGGUAGUAGAGAACGUAUUUCCGACGCAGCGGACUUAGGAGAUGCUGAGGCCGAUGACGAGCUGAAGCUUGAUAAAAAGAAGUUGGCUGAGUUGGAAGGGUAGAGGACCAAAAAUGAGAAGUACGCUCGUAUCUAUUCAUAUCUGAUAUGCCUGCUUCUGCUUUGAGAAUGCGAUCUUAUCAUUAUACACUAAUCCAUUUCCUUCCAUCCUAUAUGCCAAAUCCAGUGUUCUAGUGUACAAAUCCAUUCGCGUUCGUGCAUUCGUUUCUUACGCUUUCUGUUAUCUCCGACCUUUCGCUUUACCUUGGGCUCGCCCUUCCCCAACCUCUCCCUGCAAAGCCAACGCGGAAGGGCAAAAGGCCACGAUGGCCUGUAAACGGAUUGCCCGUAUCGAACCUGCGCUCUGGGCCAGUAGGAGGGAAGGAUCCGCGCAUUGGUUCCUCUUCCACUUCCUCGCGCUCUUCCGUGUCCGGCUGCGACAUCCUAUUCAGUAACGUAUCAAUGCGCGGUAUAACUGGAAGACCUACAUCUAAAUCAAUGACAAGGGCACCCGUAUGCCACCCAGCAGCCGUAGCGGCAAAACAGAACGUCUGUCUGCCCCUUUCAAACUUCACCUCCGUAGGCACUCCUACAUCGGGAACCCUCGCGAUUAGAGACCCUGCAGCAGUGACAGCCCGUCUCUGCUGCUCAUUGAUAAAUCCACCAGGCUGGCCUGGCUGGAUCUUCGUUGGAUCACCUAAACCCAACGCACCUUUCGAAUAUGCGCCCCAAGUAAACAUUUUACCAGUGGAAGUGAGAGCACCAUAAUGAUAGUCCCCUAGGACGACAGAGAUGACGGAUUUGAAUUGAAGGUUAGGGUGGAUGAUGGGUCUGACAUUGUCCGGGGCCGGGAUGACAGGGUCAUCGGUGUCGAUUUUGCCCAUAAGAACGACAGACUGGUCUCCC